AUGUCGUCGCCAUUAGAUGUGAAGCGCCGGAAGCUCAACAAUGCCAGCAGGACGCUCAGCAAGCCAUUUGUGUCACCUCUCCGCAGCGAUACUGCAGUUCCUCGCGAGCCAUUGAAAGCGCACCACAAUGCUACCAGCACAACCUAUACCCCGAGCACACUUGCGCAUUCUAUAAAGACCUAUGACCAUCCGGAGUUGACAGAGAAGGCACCUAAGCUCCCGCAAGCGCAAGAGAACAAGGCCACUCCUGAUAGGAAAUAUGCCGUCGCCAACACCUCCUCCAAGCGCAAGGACCCAGCCGAAGUAGCUGCCCAACGAGCCCUCACAUCCCUCGAGUUCCAAAUCCGCGCCCUAAGGAACGAAUUAGACACCCUCACACAAGCUCAACACAUCUCCUCCUCAACCACAGACGCCGAGCUAGAAGUCUUGUCAACAAAAUGGCGCCACGCCUCCCAACAAGCCGCCGAAGAACUCUUCGGCACUGUCAAAGAACGAGUCUGUCGUAUGGGCGGCGUAGCAGCCUGGCGCGAGAGCGAGCAAAGAAAACACGAUCGUGCGCUCGGAGUGGGAGAGUUCGCACAGCCGGCUGAGGAGGAACAGGACGAUGAUGAUGCGGAUUGUGAGUUUGAUAGCCAAGGCGAGGAGUUACCUGAAGAUGAGCAGGCGUAUAGGAAGAGUGAGAAGAGGCGAGUGAGGCAGGAGGCUAUGGAUGCUGCGGAGCCGGCGGAUGAGGUGGAGGAUGUGAGGGAGAAGGCGAAGGCAAAGGUGUGGCAGGAGGAGGGCAAGGCGGAUGAUGCAUUCACGAUUGAUAUGAUGCUUAGAUCGCUGAAUAUCGAGCUCGAGACGAUUGGUUAUGACAAGCAUGCGCAACGAUGGACAUGA